AUGAAGGUUUUAAUUUUGGCUGCUGUCUUGGUGAUUUGUAGAGAGGCUGCGGGUGGUUUACCUCUACCUGCACCUUAUGCUUAUGCCAGGCCUCUAGGUCUGGCUGUCCAUGGCCCAGCGCUAGCGGUGGCUAAAGUGGCUGCCCCAGUUGAAGAUUACGACCCAAACCCUCAGUAUUCCUACGCCUAUGACAUACAAGAUGCUCUUACGGGUGACUCCAAGAGCCAGCAAGAGUCACGAUCUGGGGAUGUAGUUCAGGGCUCAUACUCAUUGGUCGAACCAGACGGCACGAGGCGUAUUGUUGAAUAUACCGCAGAUCCUCACAACGGCUUCAACGCCGUCGUACACAAGGAGCCUCUAGGUGGCGUAGUGAAGGCCGUAGCUCCCGCCUACUUGCACUAA